AUGCCUUCUGCCCACGUGGGUUUUUGGGGUCUUCUCUUUCUGCCCAUGUUUGGGUGUGCUUUUCCCGCUUAUCUCUCCUAUUCUUCCCGCUAUGGCAGAAUGCAGCAAUCGCUAGGGGUGGCGUCGCUGCACUCUGAGGGGAUGGCGUCAUCAAGGGAGGAGUUGUUGCGUGCAAGGCUGUUGACGGAGCUCUCUACGUUGCGCGAGCGGCACGACGCUCUUCGGGGGCACGGCGUGCAGGCUGAGGGACACUCUCGCUCGCAUGAGGAAUCCACGCCGAGAAGUGUCACGAAAGACAAUAACUUACUUGGACAGGCUGACCGUGAUGCCAUUGAGGCGUUUUUCAACGACGCCGAGGACGACUUCACGAGAGAGUUCAAUGAGGGGCGGGGGCAACUUGAGCGAGGUGAGCUGUUGGAUAGGUUGACUACGGCUCCGAAGGGGGAGUAG